GUUGUUAUUGUUCGAUUGUAACAAACGUACUCAAUUUUCGCUAAAUGCUAACUUUCGCGCACUGUAAACGUCCGUAAAGUAGCAAACUAUGUUUAUUUCGCGUCUGACGAUUGUGUUUUCGUUAUUCGUUGGCGGCAACUAAGUGGCUAAAGUGGAUAUUUGUCGUCGCAAAAAGUGUGUCACCCUCGGCUCCUCGGUGGAGCAAGGCUCAAAUGGAAUGGCGGCCGAUAGUGACGGUGAUCAACAGAAACGGACAAACAGCAGCAGUAGCAGUAGUAGUAGACAUUGCGGUAGCGAUGACAACCACCGAGGUAAAAGGAAGUGUGUCUCCAGCAGCAGUAGUGAUCCGUGCAAUAGCAGCAGCGACAGCACCUUGAAGGCGGUUGUCAUCUGUGAAGGGAAUUUGCACGAUCCGGAUUUUCCCGCCCGCCUCGAGAGCCUGGUCGAGAGUCUUGCGACGCUGGUUGACGAAGAAAGCGCGAACGAUGGCGAUGAAAAGCAGGACGCGGGAAGGCUUAAAGUGGACAAGGUGGAACCGUGGAACAGCGUGCGCGUUACCCUUUCGAUUCCGAAAGAGGCCGCAAUUCGGUUGCGGAGGCUUGCUGCCGAAGGUAACAAUGCCCUGCGGGCGCUCGGCAUUCUUUCCGUGCAGCUGGAAGGGGAGACGGUUCUGUCGCUGCGGCUAACGAGCCAACAGGAAAUAGUUAUUCAAACAGAUAAUUCUGCCCCUGAAGGAUCCCCCAGCACUAGCGGUGGAGCUGGCGGUUUGGGUGAACUAGCUCGCGUUCUAUCCCAACAACAGCAGCAGCAGCAACAGCAGACGCAGCAGCAGCAGCAACAACAACAGCAGCAGCUCCACCAACCGACACACCCGGUGCAUGUGCAGCAGUUGCAGCAUCAAAAUCUCUAUCACCAUCAGCAACUGCCACCGCAACAGCAGCAGCAACACAUUCACCAUUUGCAGCAGCAACAGCUACAUCAGCAACAACUACAACAGCAGCAUGUAGUGCUGCACGGCGCUAACGAUACCGCCGUGCCCAGCACGUCCAAGGUGGUAGUAUCGACCGCCGGACAGCCGAAAACACCGCUCACCAAUGGUCCUCUGCCGAUGGACGGUGGAGGCGGCAGCGGUAGCAGCGUGUUCAAAUCACCCAACACCAUCUGCCCGAUGGACGGCAAGGUUCCCGCCCAUGUGCCAAAUGUGGUCGAUGCUUGCGAGUACCCGUUCGAGAGCAUGACGCAGGCGCGGGUAAUUCAGCGACGCGAAAACACGCUGGCCCUGACUGCGAGUGGUGGUGUUGUGACGGGACCGGUAGUUGCUGGUGGUGCUGGAGCCGUGCCCAAGCCGUCCAACGGUAAUUUCCUGGCCCCCGCAAAUCCAGCAGUCCAACCAACGCCACCACCACCGUAUCAAUCCGCCGUUGGUGGUGGUUUAGUGAAGCCGAACACGCUGGGGACAGUGGUCAACCCCACGCAGCAGCAACUGUCUGCCGGUGCGAUCGGUAAUAAUGUGGCGAUGUCAAGCCCGCUGCUGGUGAACCUGUUGCAAAAUGAAAACAGCCAACAACAGACGACACUGUCACCGCAGCAGCAGCAGCAGCAGCAGGCGCAAAUGAUGCGCGGUGGUCAGCCGAUACUGAAACAGGAGCUGCUGAUACCGGGCAGCAGUGCGAGUGUUGGGCCGGUAUCGGUGAAAAGUGCCGGCAGUGGGAUCAUUCCAACCAUGGUGGUGGGAGGCGGCACGAUACCACUCCAGACGCAGCAGCAAAGUGUUGCCCUCAGUCCAGUGCAGAGUGUAGUGGGCGACAAUGAUCCGAGUGUGCUUGGUAACAGCCUGAAGAGUGGUACAGUGAGUAGUAGCAACGUUGUUGUGAACGUGCCCCCCAGUAACGUUAAUCGGCAGCAUCUAGUGCAGCACCAUCCGGUGCAGAUCGGUGUUGGUGCGAGUGCGAUGGUUUCGUCUGGACCGACGGCAGUAGCGGCCGUCGUCCAGCAGCAGCAGCAGCAAACAUUAGUGAAUAGUAAUAGUAGUCCACUGCGAGGUGCACCGACGUCGACAGGUGUUGCGCCUGUGAGCGGCGGUGGUGUAUUGAACGCGAUCAGUGCGAAUAGUGUGAAUAGUAGCAGUAGUAGUAGUAGCAAUCUUAAUCCAAUGACAGCACCCACGGCAGUAAACAUCAUUAGUGACGGUAACAGUAACAAUCAGAACGUGUUGAAUGUGUCGCCUUCUUCUCUAGUAACUCCACCAUUGUCAGUGCCUUCAAAUAGUAGCAACAACAGCAGUAGCAGCAACACCAGCACCACCUCCACCAUGAUGAACACCAUUAAAAUGCAACGGUAUAGUCUCGUCGGAGGCACUGUCGCCGGGGGUGCUGUCACGGGGGGCAUGGGCCCAGCCGUUAGAACCCCACAACAGCAGCAGGCCAUGCUUCAACAGCAGCAACAGCAACAGCAAAUGCAGCACCAUCAGCAGCAGCUGACGAUAGCGAGUGGCGGCGGUGUCAUGGUAACAUCCAGCAAUCGUUCUCCUGCGAUGGGACCACUGAUCGGUCAAACACAAACACACGUGCGGCUACCGCAACACGUUGCAAUGCUCCAGCAGCAACAGCAGCAGCACGAACAACUGCAACUACAACAUUCCCAGCAAAUGAACCGUUUUCCGGCUCAAUUGCAACAGCAGCAGCAGCAAGUCUUUCGACAGCCCAACCCACUGGGAGGGCAGCCACAGCAAGCGAAUCACACGAAUCCGGGCGCAAGUUUUCAACAGCGUUGGCCUACGAUGCAGAUGGAUUCGGCUACCAAGUCGAGCUACCAGGAGUUUGCUCGCUACCAGAUGCAAUACAAUCUCAGUCAGCAACAACUAAAUAAGCCUCCCAUGACGGCGACGACGACGGCGACGGCGCUGGAUUCGUCGUCCGCAGGAGGCAUGGGAGGGGCGACGUCAACGUCGGCGGUCGGUGAUUCGCUGGAGCUGGGCAACUGUUUGGUCGAUCUGCCCGAUCUGGCCAAGAACGACCUUGACUCGCUGCUGCCGAGCGAUCUGGACAGUGCAUUUCUCGACACGAAGCUAGAUGAUCUCGACGAUCUGGACCUGAUGGAUCAGCAUCAGCAGCAUCAUCAUCCACUUGAGCUUGCCGUGCUUCCCGGUACGCUACUUGGAGGAGCGCCAGAAGGCACCACGGUGGCACCUGCGUUGGGUCAAGUGAUGGGCUCUCAAAGUACGGCUACCAUGGCGACGGCGGAGGCACAGCGUCGAUGGAAGGCACAAAUGUUGAUUAACCCGCUGACGGGCGAGCUGGAAGAAACGCAGGUCGAAGAGGUUGCCGAGGAAUCGGAGGAGAGCGCAAAAACGGCCGGCGGAAGGCAGAGCAAAGCGUCGUCGAUGCGUGUAAAUGAUUUCCCCCCGGAGGCGGCGAACCUGCUGUACUCCGAUGACGACACGACCAGCGCUGCUGGUCUAACGUCGUCGCGGUUAACGUCGGGCCUGAGCGACGCGGAUCGGCCUUCAUCGUCGGCCACCGUCGGUUCGUUGGGAACGAUGGAAGGUACCUUCGUGGCUGGCAACAGUGCUGGCAACGUAUCCUCCGGCUCGUCGACAAUGGUCAGUGUCCCUUCAGCAGCGCCACGAGCCAGUCAUGGCAAGACCGGCAAGAUAAAGAAGGAACGAACAAAACCGACCAAGGCGAAGGAGAAACUAAAACCAGCGUCGUCAUCCGCGGUGUCAAAGGAAAAGGCCAGGGAAAAGACGAAAGCAUCUCUAAAGCCGGUCCGGCAGAAGGCGAAAGUUUUGUCCACCUCGGUGCUACCUUCCGCCGGCGGUUCGUCGAAUGAAUCGACGAGUAAAAACUGUACGGAACUGAAGCUUCGGUUGAAGCUGGAAAAAUCGGAACCGAUCACCGUCACCGUUCCCGGGCGCGUAGGUAGUACGGUGACAAUGUCACCUCCGUCAUCAGGAAGCAGCUCUUCGGCGUCGAUCGGCGGAGGAGCGCCCGAGUUUUGUCAAAAGACACCGUCAACGUUCGAUGGGGUCGCGGGUUCCGAUGCCAGCGCUGCAUUGCCGAUAGCGGUGUCCGUUGGUGUCACCAAUAGUAACAACGCAGCGCCAUUUUCAUCCACUGCGGGAACCGUUGUAACAAGUGCCACCAGCAGCACAAGCGGCAGUGCAACCACCAGCAUCGGCACCACUGCAACAAUGUCGUCCAAUGUUGGCAUCGUUCAGGCUACUUCUCCUGCAGGCGGCGAGGAGUUGCGCGUGCCGCCGCUACACAUCAGCUUACGGGGAAAGAAUUCCGUUGUGAUAAAGAACUCGCGCAAGGAUCGCAAGAAAAGUCAGAGCGGAGGCGAAGAGGACAGCAGUGACGGCGGCGGCGGCGGUGGUGGUGGUGGGUUGAAGCGACCAGCAUCAUCGGCGGCCACGACGGGAAAGCGAAACUCCGUCGAUCUCAACAUGACGCUAGCGAAUGCUUCCUCUUCCUCCUCCUCACCGGUGAGCGGACCGUCGAUAUUACCUUCACCACCCAGUUUUCAUAACCACGUCGCUGUCGGUCAAGGUUUGAAAUCGUCCGAAGCGCCCGCCGAAGGUCUUCCGUCGCAAAAGCGACCGGCAGAGGCGAUGACCUCGUCGCCAACCCACCACACCACCACCACCACUGGUCACAAUCCAAAUGGGAUGGUCGUGUGUCCGGAAAAGAAGCGUCGUCUAAGUGCUGGUGGUAGCAGCGUUAGUAUAACCACUGGCGGAGCGUCUGUUGCAGCCGACGGUGUGGCUGCUGCCAUGAUCACGGCCGUCAGCACCGGUGUAAGCGAGAUCAAUGAGAUCUACGAUUCGAUUAUCACCUCGACCGCCAGUGGCCCGAUCGGUUCGACGAACGUCGGUACCAUGCCGCAGUCCAAUCUGCUCCAGUCGACGGCGACGACGGCGACGACCAUGACCACGACGGCGGCAAUAGCAGUAGCGGCGGCGACGGCAGCAAAAAACUCGAAAAGCUCCGGUGCGAACGGCAGUAGUAGUAGCAGUAGUGCUAACGGAACCAGCAAUAACAACAACAAUAUCACCAACAAUAACAACAACAACAACAAUAUCAACAAUAAUAGUGGUAGUUUCGGUAAGAAUCAUCAGAAAAAUCUCGUCAAAACGACGUUGCCACCGGCGGCCCAAACAUCGGUAGCGGUUGACGGGGGUGAUGCGAAAGAGAUGGAUCGCGGCGAGGGAGGACAACCAGCGGGGGUAGAAGAAGCAUCAACCACGUUGACCGCAUCACCAGUAACAGCAGCCACCACACCAACGCAAUCUACCUCAAGUGACCGAUCGUCCACAAUGGAAAUCGAUCAGCAGCAGCAGCAACAGCAACAGAGAAACAGUAUCAGCACCCAUCACGAUCAGCACCACCACGACCUGGAUCAUAUGCAGGAGCAUCAUAACAAAAAUCGACCACCGGAGCAGCUGCUAGCGGACGACCUCGAAUCGGAAGACGUAGACAAAGGAAGGGAAAGACGAACGACGAAGCAUUUGGACGAUGAAGAUGCAGCGGGAGAAAAAGCCGCCGUGGCGAGUCAUCAGGAGGUGAUGGGUACAUCGGAUACUUCUCCCUCCUCCACUACCGGCAACGGAACUAGUGUCGGCGGUGUAACGGAAGCCAUCGACACGGAGGUGACUGAAGCGGGGGUUGCGGCAGCCGCCGUGGCGGCAGCAAUUGGAGUGAACCAUCAUCUCCUCGGGCAUCAUGCGAGUGUCCGGGGCUCUCCAGGAUCUCAGGCGCAGGGUGAAGACAGCGGCAUCGAAUCGAUGGACGCACUGUCGGAGAAAAGUCCACAUCAGUUGUCUUCCCACAGCCCGCAGGGUGGUACGCACAACAGUGCGGCCACCCACAACGGUGCCGGCAGUGGUGCCGGUAGCAAUAGCGGUGGAAGCAGCAGCAGCACUAGCAUUGACGGCAAGCAAAUAAUUUUAGCUGACGAUGGUCCGCUUGGUGAAAAGGAGGGUGAGGUGAAGGGAAUCGAUCGCGAGUGUCCCAUUGAUGAAAAAAAGAAAGAGCGUAUUGGAACGCCGCCAUUGCUAGAUGCCAGCAUGGAGCACUAUCACGACAUUGAAGCUGCGCUGGCGAAGAUGGAAGGAUUGAACGAGAUCGCAGCAGCCGUUGGGGGUGAUGCAAAGUUGAACGGCGACCAUGCGCUACUAAUGAAACCCAAGCUACCGGAAUAUAAUCACGAAACGACUCUGGGUAGCUUGGAUCGGUCAAAUCUGAGCAAAAUUCUGGACACUAUGGAAGUGGAGCAGCUUGUCGAAAACGGUAUUGCAGACGAAAUUGCCGAUGGUAGUAGUGCAAUCGACGACAGCAUAGACGGAAGUGCAGCUCGAAAAAAAUUAAUCAUGAUUGAACAAGUCAAAUCAAACACUCUACAUCCAGAGGAAGGCGUCGUCAAGGAAACGGAACACAAGCAGCAGCCACAACAGCAAGGUGUAACGAGAAAAAGAUCUGUCGAGAGUCGAGUGCUGUUAGCAGCGAGUGCUGGUGAAGGAGGAGCUACUGCUGCCAAGAGUAGAUCCCAGCCGCCGUCCGUCCGAAUGAUGGCGCUGGUUACGAAGUCCGUCGAGGUGGAACCAUCGGUACGGAGCGCGCACGACGAUGGUGGCAACAACAACCAUACGGACGACAAGCUGCACGCUGCAGUCGAGACGAAGCCCGACGUUGUACCGGUCCCAGUCGACGAGUGCUGUAAAAAUAGUAAAGAUAGUCCUAGUGCGAAAAGCGAAUGUGAUAGUACAGUAAUGGUAGUAGUGCAGGUCGAUGGUAAACCACUUUUAGUUAAGUCUGAUCCCGAGGAGGCUAUCGUUAGUAGUGUAAGGAAGAGUUUAAGAAAAUCUUCCGAUGAGCCAGUGAUUACGGUCGCCACCGCCCUGACCGCCAAGACGGAGGUAUCACCGGAGGUCAAGGUGGAGAUAAAGGUGGAGCCGAAAACUCCGGAGUCGAGCCUCGAGCCGCUCAUCGAGCUGAAGCCGCGUCACGAGCAACCACCGCUGUACAGCUACUCCAGUGAAAAGGCACGCGAGCGUCGUACGGCGGCGGCUGCCAGCGAUGGCAGCAUGCCGGGAAAUGGAGUACCGGUGGCUGGCGGUGGCGACAAAAGUCGUCGCAAUUCGUCGCUGGCUUCCGGCGACCGUUCGGGCGAUGAAUCGACCUCAUCUGCUACAUCGUCCUCGGUUCCAUCCGGAAGCACACCGCCAGCCAAAAAGUCCAGCCGUAGCAGUAGCGUUGGGUCGGAGAAUCGAACGACGAAAACGAAUGAUCUCGCAACGGUGCCGAGCGAAACGGCGCAGGGUGGUGGUAAGCACGAGGCAUCUACCGAGCAACCGAACAACAAGGAAAUGCUGACGCAGCUCUCGAUCGAAAUACCGGCACAUACGGACGGCGGAGAACAUCGGAUCCGGACGCGUGCCUCCAGCAAGCUGGAGAGUCCACUCGAGAUUCUGUCUCGCCAAAGUCCUUCGACGGAGUGUCUAGCAACGUCUACGACGGGUGGAACGGCGAUAGGAACUGGUCCCGGCAGCAGCGUCGGUGGAAGUGCCCAGCAAACCCAGCCAAAGGGAACCGUUUCAGGUUCGGGAGGCGGUAUGCCCGGUUCGGGGAAGCAGAAUGCUUCCACCACCGUUUCCGGACUACCAGGAUCCGGAACAGGAACGGCUACGAGCAAUGAUAGGCAAAGUCCGAAAGCUGGCGCCGCGUCUACAAAACCGACAGCGGCCGGUGGCGGCGGAGUUGCCAACAAACGCAAACGGCAAGGUUCGGAGAGUUCCAAUCAGUCCGGCGUCAGUGACGAUAUUCCAACGAGAGCGAAGAAAGCACGCAAGGGAGCAACGAGUGGGGUGGCGUCAGAAAGUGGCUCCGUAACUGCUACUGCGGGAGGCACUCCGAGGGUGGUACAGCGUAGAGCAACCGAUACCACCUUGGCUAAGGGUCGCAUGUCGCGAAAGGCAGCUAAUGUCGCUAAAGCAGCAGCAGCAGCGGCGGCGGCGGCAGCUGCAGCAGCGGCAUCGACGGCCGAAGCAGCGGAAACGACGACUUCGGUCACGAUUACGGCAGAUUCUUCCGAUAGCGACGAACCAUUGAUUGAACUAGCGGGUAAAGCUCGAAAUUCUAAACUAACCUCCAAAUUCAGUUCAACUUCUACCACCACCACUAGCCAUGUUACUACUUCCUCCUUUACCCAAUCUGCUACCGCUUCUUCUACUACUACUACCACCACCACCAUCACUACUACUUCCACUCCAGUCUGUACUACUACUACUGCUUCUACGACAACUAGUAUCAGCAACUGCAACAACAGCAACACCACCUCGACUACAACCUCUUCAUCUUCAUCUUCUACAACUUCGUACAAAUCCAUAGCUGCAUCUUCCGUCGACAAAACCAUCACCACUUCGACUGCAAACGCAGUGAUCGGGAGUAACCAAGGCAACACCUCAAGUAAUGAGAGCAUAACAUCGGUAGCUGCAUCGACACCGUCGCCGUCUUCAGCGAAAGCAUCUGGCGCCAACCAUUCUGCGAGCGGUGUUGAGAAAGAGAAAUCACUGCGCAACCAUCACGGGAAGAGCGUGUCUCCGGUACUGACGACUCCGGUGCCAUCAACAGUUGGUGGAAGCACGACUGGUGGAUGUACGUCGGCGAAUGGCACGAGCACCACUGGCAGCAGUAGUAGCAGCAGCUCUUCACCGUCGGCUAGCACUGGUAGUACCUCCGGCACACCGGGUGGUCAUAAGGCAACAAGCAGCGGUGGUGGGCCAUCCACAUCGACCACCAAUGUGGGCGCAUCGCCGACGGACGAGAAGAUCAGCACACGUCGGAGCGUUCGCAUGACUUCCUCGACCCUCUCGACGGCAGCGAUGAACAACAAGGCGAAAGCGGCCGCCAAUGCUCUGCUGCUUCAGCACUCGGCAGCCGCCCCUGUGGCGAACCAUAUCGACGGAAAUCACCACGUUCCUUCCGGCGGCAACGUUGCCACAUCGCAUAACACCGCGACCGCCAAUGAUAGCACGGCGGUAACGGGUGUGACUUCAGCGGGCGUAGCAGCAAGCCUUGGUGGUGCUGCUGAUGGUAGUCCUCCGGGAAACGCGGCAGCAAGUGUUGCCUCAGGAGGCGGUCUGCAUUCGAGUGGAGCUAAUGGUGGUGGUGGCCACGGCGCCGUCAAAUUGACUAACCAUGUGAAUCACCAUCAUCAGCAUCAGACGACGCACGCUGGUUCCGGGGUAAAGGCAACGGCUGCGCCCGGAGAGGGAAAAAUUUCCACCGUAACAGCGGUCGGUGGUGGUACUGCCGGUACACACAGUUCCGAUAACACCACCGGAAGUGGUACGGAAGUGCGUCGCAAAACAAGAAGUGCAGCUGGACUUGAGGUGACCGUCACCGAGGGCCGUCGAAGACGAAUUUCCCGUGACAGCAAGUGACCAACAGUUUGCGCCUCAGCCGAGAGUACUGAUCAACACAGCGAUCGGCAUGGGCUAAACAGCAUUGCGAUUAUGAUUCCAAAUCGUUCCGACCACCUUCAGCCAACGCAUGCGCCGCAGCAAUCGACAACGCGACCAUCAAAUGUCCAGCAGGAGGAGGAAAUACUCGUCGAACUAGGGAGCGUUAGCGACAAAGAUUCCCCGGUACCGGGGGUGGAUGAAGAUUUGCUGUGGCAAUCCGGCACAUCCGUCUCCGGUGAUACGGUGAAUAAUUCCGUCGCUCAGUCGCUCGAUUCCGACGACAAUGCGGUGAGUGAUGGAAGUUGGUCCAACGACAGGAACUUGAACGAUUCCAUCGAUACGGAACACAGUGCUGAGGUGCAAGAGGAAGAAGCUGCACGCUGCGUGACACCGCGACACAGUAACACCAAUCCACCCGCAGAUGAACGAGGGAGCACUUCAACGAAAACGGCUGCCAACUCCUCGGCAACUGUUGCCGCCGGUGCUGGUGGUGGUAGUGCUUCGGAUAAGGUUGGCGCAGGCGGCCAAGUAACGUCCACGGCAAAGGAAACCGCCAACGGUGCCAACGGUGAGGACGACGAUUCGUACGCCAGCGAGAUUAUUCU